AUGGUCCGCAAUAGCAGUGCCGACAGCACACACGCAAGGAUCACCAACAAUGGCAACAAGCGCGCACGCUGGCUCGCAGAAGCUGAAGAGGAUCGUCUAGGCAAGCAAGUCGGCUUGGAGCGCUGGAUUGAGUGUGUAGGUCACGGCAGAGGCGCUGCCGUCUGUCUCGGCGGUCACCUGGUUCAAACAGAAGACAGGAGCGAUGGCUUCAUGAUCGAGCUCAGUUGCAUCCAGCCCAAUGACCCCUCGCAACAUACAAGCUUCGUGGCCACCUUCCAAGGCGAGCUCGCACGCAAAGUAUCCGAACCUCUUCUCCUUCUACACCGCCUUGGCCCUCCCGCCAUCGUCUAUCUCUCGGGCUUUGCAGCUGAAGUCUGUCCUGCAUCCGCACCUGCAUCCUCACCUCGAGCCGUCUUCAAUCAAGAAAAGACCGUCCUGAAAAUGUCACCGCAGCCUCCUUCCACCGACCCCACCGCUCCAACCUCGGCCAUCUGGAUCGAGCAGCUUGCCACUCUUCCUGCCUUCGUUGCUCCGACGGCAACAACACACCUAGCGCGCACAGUAUCCACGCCGGCAACACACCACACCCUUUCCUCCAGCUCGAUUGUUCCCUCACGAUCCACUGCCCUUCCACAACCUCACCCUGAGCCUUCGCCUCCCAGUCAGCUCAGCGAUUGGUUUUCCACCCCGGCCCCUACAGACCUUCGUGCAGCUCAACCCAAUGCACCCGCGAUUACGUCAUCUUCCUCGACAACUCGUCCGCAAAUCCCACCACCGCCACUGCAGCCCAUCGAUUGGUCAGUUGCCCAACACACUGCAACCAGCAUUAUCAAAAGCGAACCGCAUGGCGCUUCAUCUUCCUCGUCCACGCCCUCUCCACGCUCAGGUAGACCGGCAUCGCGGCAAGCCUCAGCUGCUGCUACUGCACCGCCACCUCCGCAGCCGCGCCGCAACGCGCCCAACGUCAAGCCACGUCGCAUGGGCAACUGCCUCUAUACCCCUAUGUCCAUGCUCCGUGAUGGCGAGCGCGCCAGCAUCAUUGGCGUCGUCAUGGCAGCAGGCGAUCCUCGGCGUUCCUCAAGCGGAACGCGUGACCUCAGCAUUAAAGUCACCAUCGCUGACGCAUCCUGCCUCUCCGGAACCGGAUACGCCAAAGAGCUCGCACGCUCCAUCACCGUCAUGCUCUUUGCACAGCAGUCCGAGCGCAUCCCGCAAAACUUAGCUCCAGGUCACAUCAUCGCCGUCCGCAGUGUCCAGAUCCAGAUGUUUUCCAACAAGCCUCAAGCCGUGGGAAAAUCCGCCGCCAGCUGGAGCUGGGCCACCUACGAUCCUGUCUCGGGCGACGUCCGUGCUUCGUCCAACUUUCCUCUGGCAUCCCACACCCCUCCCGAGUGCAGCGCUGACGAAAUGGACCACUUCCGGGACAUGGCCAACUGGUUCUCCGAACUCCAAGGCGUCGACGCCAACAUUGUCACCAGAUCCUCUCGCCCCACGCUCAAGCUGCAGGAAGUCGGCGAAAACACCUUUUUCGACACAGUCGUCGAGGUGCUCAAGGUCUACACCCACACGCUUGCUCCCGAUCUCUACGUCACCGAUUAUACCAACCACACUCUGUUCUAUCGCGGCAACGACAAGUAUCUUCGACUCGAGAGCGAUAUCCCGUAUCCGGACGACACUGAUGGAUGGGGCCACGUCUUUCAGAUUAGUCUAUGGGACAGCCAUGCCACCAUCGCAGAAGGCCUUCAGACCGGCGACAUUAUCCGCAUCCAGAAUGUUCGCCCCAAACUCAACCCGCGUGGACUGCUCACUGGCGGUCUUGGCAGCAGCACCGACAACGGCAUCAAGAUUCGCACGCUCAAGCCCACAGAUGAAGCGCGCAUCGACCUCGAGAAGCGACGUGCGCGAUUCAUGGAGACGCUCAUAACCGCAGAGGAAGAGGCGUUUGCCGAUCGGGCCGAGCGAGACCAUCAACAGGCUUCGCAGCAAGGACGAGAGCAGCAGGCCGAGCACGCCUCCGAUACUGUGCAAGGCGCUACUUUAGCGGUGCAACGUAAUGUUAGCGAGUUUCACAACGUCGACACUGUCGCAGGACCUGCCUCAUCACAUCCCAUACCAGCUGCUAUCGAAGCGACCACAAACACGAUCGGCUUCAGAGGGUCCUCUGCUCAAGCACGCACGAUCGUGGAGGCCAGUCCCGCAUCGUCGACACAGCCACCCUUUCCUACACCUGGCCAACGAAGGAUACGGGCGGCUCAGCUGGCUUCACCCUCAAAAGCUGGGCCAGGAGAGUCGACGCCGCUGGGAACCAGCAGUCAUGUGAACAGCAGCCGCGCUCUUGGCGAUCUAUCGCUCGUCGAGACACCCGAUGUCAAGCCCAGCGGGCUCAUGGGGCCACCAGGGGCGGCUGUCGAAGAGCGUCGGCCUUUGAUCAAAUGCAAUGCACCAGCAUCCAUCCCAUUUACGGCGCUUGCCGACCUGCCGGCCACUUCGCUUUGCCCUGGCAUGUUCAAAGUCAAAGCGCGUGUGAUCUCGACCAACCCGGCCAAGGUCGAGCAGUGGGGGCGUGCCGAGUGCAAGGCAUGCAAGCGGCUUCUGCCCCUCGACCAGCGCUUCUGUAUCAAGUGUGGCGACGAAGAGGGCGAGUCGCUGUCGUACUGCUUCCGGUUUGCCUUCAUGCUCGAGGAGCUGGAUGCCGAGUUUGUCGCACGUAAACAGCAGGAAAGGAUUCAGGGUGGCGGCAGCGGCGGCAGUGUUCUCGAGACGAGUGUCAAAAAGACGGCGAUUCCUCUGCUAUUCCAUGGACGCAUGGCUGAAGUGCUGCUGCCGUGCGUCGACGCCAAGGCGCUCUAUAAUGGCGAACGGUCCAGCAUCAAGACACUGAAACGCUUCCACACCCGUCUGCUCCAUCCAAACGAGUACGGUAACGACCCGGAACAGGUGCUCGCCGUCUACUCUUAUCCGUCUCAGGAGUCGGGCCGAACCGUGCGCAGAUUUGCCGCACUCAAGGAACUCAAUUGUCUAACGAACCCACUCGACCUGCUCUGA